AUGUUCACCUACAUGGUACUCCCGGACAAAUCUAACCGACAGUUCUGGUCAACUGAUUUGUGGUGCCUUGUUGAUUCGCUGGACCCAACUAGUAUUCCUGCACUUCCCUACCGGCAUUGUUCAGUUUUUCUCGCAAGCACACCGCGGCGGGACUGCAUUGGUGAGUUUAAAAAACUUUUUUCUACUCCAGAUGUUUUCUACGUGCCACUGUGGUCAAAAGACGAACUGGGGACAAUUGCUCCCUUGUAUCCAUUUGCUGGAGCUACGUGGCAGAAUCAAUUUGAGUGUCUCGAUGGUGCGCCUCGCGUGGUGUUGCAAGACAUUGGAAUGGACCCACAAACUUUGUUGAUGUCCGCGUGCAACAGUUGUUCUCUCGAUGAUUGCAUUACGUUGGUGUCCAUCUGCUCUGACGUCAACUUGAAGACUUUGAUUCACAUGCGUAGCCAAGAACCGUAUCGAAAGUGCGAAGUUGCCUAUGCAUCAGAAUUGGCAAUAAAAGUGAUUGCUCGAACAAAGUGGCGAUCGGAUCGCGCGAAAGUGCAAGGCCUUCUUUGUUCGUGCGAUGGAAACCCACUAGCACAAUCGCUAUGCGGUUAUGUCUUUGAGCCUUACUCCAUGGAUCUGUUAGAGCAGGGUGGGAAUUUCGUGUAUCGAAAGCUGUUGUCUGGCGCUGACAUGCGAAAGCGCGACACGAAUAAACGCAAUCGAGGCAACCCAGUUAAUGAAGACGAAAAAAAAUUAUAUCCCACGGUCAUCGCAGCUUCGGCAAAUAGCGGAGCGGGUGGAAGUCGGCCAACAUGCCAAUCAGCUAUACUUCGGUGGAUUCCAGAUGACUUGGGGAAAACGCAUGACAUCAAGAGCGGGGCGGCAGAUGAUUUGGCAAAACUGGGUCAGAAAGGCAAUCGACUCUUCUUUUUGCUUCCACCACUCUACUACAAAACUUUCACCAAGAAGACACCUCAAACCAUCGAGCAGUAUGCAAUCCUUGUUCCGUAUCCUGAAGGGGUUUUGCUUCAACGCUUCAGGCCUCCAUAA